GCGCCUCUAACUUUUUUUUUUGGGGACUAUACCAGUGAGAUCUCCAGCUGCCGUUUUGUCACGUUUGGAGGCUGUUUUCCUGCAAUAUAUAUAUUUUUUCCAAUUUAUUAUCCCUUAACUUUCCAAUUUUCACAGAGACACACAGUCACAUCUGGAACUCCACACAGCUGUGCGUCCUUCUCCUUCCAAACUCGAUUCCUUUCAUGUGAAGGACCUUGAUCCAACCCCGACUAUCAGCCUGCAAACCAGCCUGUGUGACAACCAGCAUAAACACACCAGCAGGACUGUCAUCCACCAAAAGCUGAAACAUACAUUCUGCGCAUUGAAAACCAGUGACAGUGACGACAUACAGCUACUGAAGCAACCUGUACGAUAUUUAACUGGCCUGACCAGACAGAGGAGCAGCCAUGUUGAUCAUCUUAGCCUUCAUCCUCCUCUUCCAUCUGGCUGCAGCCAUCCUCCUCUUUGUUGCAACCAUUCACAAUGCGUGGUGGGUGGUGUCGCCAGCCGGACGUGAGGUGAUCUACGCUGACCUGUGGUACUCCUGUAACUCCACCUGCUACCCUGUGGAGAACAGCCAUACUGCUGAAGCGGCCUAUCUGCAGGCCGUCCAGGCUACUAUGAUCCUGGCCACUAUUUUAUGUUGCGUCAGCUUCUUCGUCUUCAUCCUUCAGCUCUUCAGGCUCCAACAGGGGGACAGAUUCAUUUUCACCGCUGUUAUCGAGCUAUUGGCCUCUCUAUGUGUAAUGAUCGCGGCGUCCAUCUACACGGCUCAGAAGCAGAGCUUCCACGUGCCCAGUCUCCAUGACGGCUCCUACGGCUCCUCCUACAUCCUGGCCUGGAUCAGCUUCCCCAUGACUCUCAUCAGCGGACUCAUGUACCUAGUGCUCAGGAAGCGCAAAUAGAUGUGACGGGCCUGACGUCAAGCACAGGCAUGCAGAUAUUCAAAAACAGGAACACUUGGACACAUAAAGACAUACACUUUGCCUCGACAAACAUGCAUUCUCUCUCUAACCCUUAGAUUUUAUAAUAACAUCGGAGAAAAGGAAAUACACCACAAAUCCACAAUCAUUUCAGUGUCAGAUUUAGAACCAGAAACUUCACCAGUAAAGCGUUCAGCAGCACAUUUUUGUCCACCUUAAAGCCCCAAAUAAGCUUUAUCCUUCCUGAAUGUUCUCACUGAAUGUGGCAGAGAUGCACCAGGACUCUCCAGACACCCAGUGUGUUCAAUUGACGUUCACUUGAUUUGAAAAGUGUAAUCAUACUUUUGCCAGCUAGGUCAACUGUGCUGGAUAGAUUCAUUUACAUGAAGUUGAGGUCAAAUCUACUCAAUAUAAAUGCAGAUCAGCAAAUGCACCACACAUGCGCCUUGCUGCAUAGAAACGUGCAUUGCCACGUUUAGUGAGAACAUGCCUUCACUAAUCCUCUUCCUACUUUUUAGCCACUACACAGGACAUGAGCACUGUUCCAACAUACUGAUUCGUCUCCUCCUCUUGUUUCAUUGUGUCUUAGUUCCUACCAACUCCAUUCAUAGGAAAUCUUGGAAAUCGUCUGAAAUAUAUGAUCACGAAGGAUAAAAGUCAAAGACAAGUGGGGAGAUUUGUCUUACUGGGACACAGCCCCCGGACUUUCCAAAAGGGUCCAUACUUUUUUUUGUGAAUCUAUAGUCAACGGAAUUUAUUUUGUACAUAUUUGCUGUGUAUGUAUAGUUCAGGUAAUUGCCAUAAGCUUAUUUCUAAGACUCAAAUACUAAAACUAUAUAUACAAAAAGAAAAAAAAUAGAGAAUCUUAUGUUAACCAUAGCAUAGAAGUGUAGUGAGGCACUAGUUGAGGUAUAAUAUGUAGGAUUUUAAUUCGUCGUUUGUAUUCUUCUGUUACUGACUUGUGUUUUAAUGGUGAAAGAGGAACCAAUGAUGUGCUGUGAUAUUCGGGAUUUCAAAUGACAACAACAUGCAAACUUGAAAUAAGACUGGACAUUUCUUUGUUAUUAUUGUGUUCUUUUUUUUGUUCACAGCUUCACAGAGAAAACAAUACAAAAAGCUAUUUAUUGUUUAAAACCACUGUUGUGUAUUUUAGCAUCAUGUGACUGGGGAUGUAUGAAGUAAUUAAGUCUUUCCAUAUGUUUUCCCUCUCUGUUCAUUUGGUCCCUUACUGAAACAUCUCUAACACCCCUGUGCACAUCUGUGCUCUGGCAUUUAACAACAAUAAAUGUGUUACUGUACUGUACCUGCCACCAAUUCCCAGAACUACUUCUAAUUUCAGCUUUUGUGGAAAUAUGGAGAUGAUGUUUUCCUCUAUCUUAGUGUUAGUUUGGGGGCUUAACAGUUAAAGGUGCAGUGUGUAGGAUUUGGCGCCAUCUAGCGUUGAGGUGGCAGAUUGCAACUAGCUUAAACUUCCCCCCUGUGUGCUAAGCGUGUAGUAGAACUAAGGUGGCCAACGCCAAAGUAUGAAAAUGGCCCUCUCUAGAUCCAGUGUUUCAUUUGUCCGUUCUGGGCUACUGUAGAAACAUGGCUGCCGUAUCCGUGAAGAGGACCCGCCCCCAAUGUAGAUAUAAAUGGCUCAUUCUAAGUAACGGAAACACAACGAUUCGUAUUUUCAGGUGAUUAUACACUAAAGAAAACAUAUUAUAUUGCAUUUCUGCCAAUAGAUCCGUCUAAAUGUUACACACUGUUCCUUUAAGGGACACCAGCGGUGUAUUAAUGCAUGCAGCUUGGACUUGAUGGAUCCUUCAGAGGUGCACUGGGUUGUUUUGUGAUAGGAAUAUGUUCACAUUUGGACCACAGAGCCUGGUGGUAACUUACUAUCGCACCAAUAAUAAAGGUUCAGGGAAAAGAAAUGGAAGUGAAGAUUUUGCUCUGCUAUCUCAAGAUACUUGAAAAUGAUCAAAACAACAUAUCGAAGGCCAAGAUUGUCAUGUUUGUUGUUCAUACGUUUUGUGAAGUUGUCAUCUUAAGAGUGUUUAACUAAAUAAUAAGCCUCCUGUUUGCAUGCAAGUUUUUGUCUUUCAGCAGAUCCCUUUUUAACUUAUGUUGAGAUGAAAAGUAAGUCACUGCAGGCUGAAAAAGGAGAUUUUUUUGGGGGGGGGGAAUGCAGUUUAUUACAAAUUAUGUAAAGUUUGUAUCUAUUUGGUUUAGCUUUGGUGAUUUCAGAACAAAUCUAAAUGUAUACUCUUGAUUUGGAAUUGGAAAUGUUUUGGUUUAUGGUUAUGAUCAUUUUUCCUGUAGUCUAUUUUAUGUCAAUGUAGAUUUACUGUAUGUUAGAUAGUGUAGAUCUUUACAAAUACCCACAGCACCACAGUGACAAAUGAGCAUAUGAGUUGUUGAAGCCAAACUGUAUUUAUGGGGAUUUGUUUUUUUAAACAUUUUUUAAAUAGUUCUAAUGCUUAUGAAGUAUUAAUUCCACAUUGAUUGAGAAUCUCAUGUUGCUUUAUAACGGGGACAUGUUGAAAUAGUCAAUGUUUUAAGAACUUAAAUUGGAUUUGUUUUGGAAAUUGGAAACAUGUUUUGUUAGUUUUGACAUCGGCUUGUUUCUGCUUGUUACAGGCUCCUUUGCUUCUAUUAUUUUAGGCAAAUUAAAUCACAACAUGCUAUUAGUAAUUAUGACAUCUGUUGUAACAUGAGUGGCUGCUUCUGUAAUCUGUAAAAUUUCACUGUGUUUUCAUGUAUUCACCUCAAACUAAAAUGUUGUCUGCUGUUGACACCCAGUGGACUGAUAGAAAACUACACAAUGUCUUCAUGAUAGUUUUAUGGUUUCAGGCUAAGGAAUAGACUGCUACGAGCUCCUGUCAAGCACUCCUGAAAAGAAUGAACUUGUGUCAUCUUGGUGAAUCCUGCUGCUCUAAUCUCUGAACGACAGAAUGGGCAAAUUUCCAACUGAUUCAGGAACAAAGACUCAUCUCCCCUGCCAAAAUGUAUAGGUGCUUAUUUUUUUCCUCCUGUUGUGCCAAUCCAUCAGAUGUAGAUCUCAAUAAAUGUAUUUUACAAUGAA